CAAAAAAGUUCAUCAACCCACUCAUUCUAAAAUCCAUAUCAGCCACAGACUGAAGAGAAGAUUAGAGAGAAAGAGAGAGAUGGAGAAGAUAUGUGUAGCAGUGAGAGUGAGGCCAGCGGUGACAGAAGAAGCGUCGGGUAAUCGAACACACUGGAAGGUAGAAGAUAAUCGCAUAUCUCUUCACAGGCUCCAUGGAACUCCUAUCUCCGGCGUUUCUUACGCAUUUGAUCACAUUUUUGACGAGACUUGUACUAAUUCCAGAGUUUAUGAUCUUCUUACCAAGGAAAUUAUUCAUUCAGCCCUUGAGGGUUUCAAUGGAACUGCAUUUGCAUACGGACAGACUAGCAGUGGAAAGACGUUCACCAUGAAUGGAUCAGCCACUGAUCCUGGAAUUAUUCAUCAGGCUGUUAAAGAUAUAUUUGACAGAAUACAAAUGAUAUCUGACAGAGAGUUUCUCAUUCGAGUUUCCUACAUGGAAAUUUACAAUGAAGAAAUUAACGAUCUUCUCACUUUAGAGAACCAAAAACUGCAAAUCCACGAGAGCUUGGAGCGUGGAAUAUUUGUCGCAGGCCUCAGGGAGGAAAUUGUGAAUAGUGCUGAACAAGUGCUUAAACUCAUUGAGUCGGGAGAAGUCAAUAGGCAUUUUGGUGAGACAAAUAUGAAUGUUCGUAGUAGUAGAUCGCACACAAUAUUUAGAAUGGUAAUUGAGAGCAAGGGAAAGGAAACCAGCUCUUCAAAUGAUUUUUCAAGCACUGAUGUUAUCCGUGUCUCAGUGUUGAAUUUGGUAGACUUAGCUGGAUCUGAACGAAUUGCUAAAACUGGAGCUGGAGGAGUACGCUUGAAGGAAGGGAAGUACAUCAAUAAGAGCUUAAUGAUACUUGGUAAUGUGAUUAACAAGCUAAGUGAUGGUGCCAAGAACAGGGGUCAUAUUCCUUAUCGUGAUAGUAAGCUAACACGAAUACUUCAACCAGCUCUCGGUGGUAAUGCCAAAACUUCAAUUAUAUGCACUAUAGCACCAGAAGAGGUUCACAUUGAAGAAACAAAAGGAACACUUCAAUUUGCUAGCAGAGCCAAGCGCAUUACAAAUUGUGCUCAAGUGAAUGAGAUUUUGUCAGAUGGAGCCUUACUGAAGCGGCAAAAGUUAGAGAUAGAAGAGCUCCGUAGGAAGCUUCAGGGAUCCCGUGCUGAGGUGCUGGAGCAGGAGAUUUUAAAAUUGAGGAAUGACAUGCUCAAGUAUGAACUAGAGCAUGAGAAGCUUGAAAUGCAACUGGAAGAGGAAAGGAGGUCACAAAGAGAACGUGAACAGUGCAUCAGAGAGCAACAAAUGAAAAUUGAUAACCUCAGUAGUCUUGUUACCAACUCAGACUGCGACAGGAAUUCUAGUGAGGAAAAAGAUUCUGUCAGACAAAGAUUUAAAGAGGAAUGCCAUGAUAGCAACAGCAUAUGCCAACGAGAUGUUUUUACAACUCCUUGCUUCAAGGCAGCUCCCAAUGCUUUUGUUGUUAAAAGGUCAAAUAAUUCGAGGCUCUCAGAUUAUAGCCCCUUACUGGAUUCAUUUAGCUAUGUGGCUGAUGAAGAUACAUGGAUGAAACUGAACAAGGGCCAUGUAACUGACCUUGAUUUACUUCUGAUGACUCCUGCAAGAAAAGAACUCCUUCCAUCAAAUGAUGUAAAUCCUGUUUGCUCACAUGAGAACAACGAAGAGGUUGAAAAUCUCAAGAGACAAUUAGCAAUCAUCACCGAAGAGAAGAAUGACCUUGAGAGAAAACACAGUGAACAAGCACUUCUGAAUGACCAAUUAACGGGAGAGAUUUCUGUUCUUAAACAAGAAGCGCUUCUGGUUCAAGAAAUCCCCCGAAGGUUCUGUGAAUCUGUAGCAAGUUGCAAAGAUAUUUAUGAGGAUAUUUUGUCAAUGACCCAGACUUUCAACUCCGAGGGGGAAUUUUCGAUCGCAAAACUGCUAUCUGGUACAUGUGAAAUAGGAAUGAAUAUUCUCUCAACUCUGGAAACCCAUUUUACAAUGGGAGUGGAUGUACAGAAAUCCUUCCCCCUGAACAAGUCUCUAAUACAAGAACAACUUGAAGUGCUUCGUGGGCAGUUGAAAAAUAUAACUGACUCUUUUCUAUCAGAAACAAUAUGCACGGAGAGCGAGCAAGUGAAGAAUCCGACAUAUAGCUGCAACAAUAAGGAGAAAUUGAGUGAUGAACUUGAGACAAUUAAGGAAAAAUACCAUGAGUUGGAGAAAAAUUUGGUUCUCAAAAGCCAGCUUCUGGAGGUUUCUGAAGAAAGAUUUGAGAGCUUGGUGAAGGAAUUUCAGGUGCUGAAACAAGAACGGGACUCUUUGCUUGAGAAAGUCGCCGUAUCAUCUCAAAAACUCGCAGAGGUUACACAUCGGAAAGAAAAUGUGUUGAAAGAUUUGAACACUGAAGUGCAGGGCAGGAAAGAUCUCGAGGAUGAAAUUAAAAAAUUCAGUGUUGCUUUUGCCUCUAGGCAGCAAUCGCUUGUGUCUUUCUGUAACGAAUUUAAAUCCAACAUUGAGAAACUUAGAGCCCAAAAUCCAGUUUUAGUGUCCAAAUCUUUUAGGUACUGAAAACUUUGGUUGUUUCCACCAGCUGUUUAACGUUCAAUUUCUGUCGUAUUUUUGUUGUCUACAUUGUCUUAUUUACUGUAUUGAAUAUGACCACUCCUGACGCUCUUGUUCUGGUUUUAUUCAAUUGGACUUAUUUCUACCUAGUUGGACAGA